GCGACACUCUCUGCAGGACUCUGCUGAGAAAGUCAUCUCUGGUCCAUCCUCCUCUUUACAUAUAAGAUUUGUACCGGGAUUCAUCAGAAAUGAGCGUCUCAGCCGAUCAAGCGCAAGAUAUUGAGACCGCCACGACGGCCAUCGAAACUGACCCGCCCUCAGGAGCACCAGACGCCAAGACACGUCGCUAUGAUCGGCAGCUUCGACUAUGGGCGUCGAGCGGACAAUCUGCGCUCGAGUCCGCGUCCAUCCUCGUGAUCGGCGCUAGCGCCACGGCGACGUCGAUCAUCAAGAACCUCGUCCUCCCCGGCGUCGGCUCGUUCACGAUCCUUGAUCCGCUCGCCGUUGCCCCCGCGGACGCAGGGAACAACUUCUUCCUCGACGGGCAGGAGAGUAUCGGAAAGAAUCGCGCGCAGGAGGCGGUUCCGCUGCUUCAGGAACUGAACGACGGCGUGGUGGGCAAGGCCGAUACGAGGGACAUAAAGGAUAUCCUCGCCACUGAGGAUGGCCAGCGAUGGCUCCGUGACUUCACGCUAGUCAUCGCUGUUAACACGGAAGGGGAAACGACGAAGCGUCUAAGCCAAUGUCUUUGGGAGGCUGGAGAGGCGGCGCCGACCUUGAUCGUGGUCACCAGUGCGGGUUUAAUCUCCGAGUUCUACAUCCAGUUUCGCGAGCAUCACAUCAUUGAAUCACAUUCAGAAAGCUCGCCCUCACUCCGCAUCGACAAACCCUUCCCGGCUCUCCUGCAGCACGCGAUGUCUUUGGAUUUCAGUACAAUGGAUCCCACUGAGCACGGCCACGUUCCCUACGUCAUCAUCCUCGUCCGAGUGCUCGAGGACUGGAAGAAGGAGCAUGACGGUACGCCUCCCAAGACGUACGCUGAGAAGCAGGAGUUCAAGGCCAGGAUACGUGCGAUGAAGGUCAAACAGGACGAGGAGAAUUUCGAUGAGGCCGAGGCACAGGCGUACCGCGCCUGGACAGAGACUACGGCGAGUUUGCCGGACCACGUACCUAGUGAUAUCAAGGCCUUGUUCGACGAUCCGGCGCUCGCGUACGGCCAGCUCACCAUCGGAUCACCGCCAUUCCUUCAUCUCCUAGACGCCCUCAAGCAUUUUGUAUCGCAACCUCCCUAUACCCUCCCCCUCACCAGUACGCUGCCCGAUAUGAAAGCCGACACGACAAACUAUAUUCACCUUCAGAAGCUAUACAAGACGCGUGCUGAGGAAGAGAAGAAGAUUUUCCGUGGACUGGUACGACAACCCGUCGACGAGGGUCUCGUAGAUUCCUUCGUCAGGAACUGCCAUGCUGUCAAGCUGAUGCGAGGCAAGCCGUACGGGACAUUUGACCUCGACCAAGCUGCUAUAGCCAACGCGUUGGCGGUGUCGCCCAAGGAGACGGUCACCCACCUGGCCCUGUCGGCGCUCUCGAACAUCGGACGUCAGAACGUCUCCGUGGAAGCUCUCACAGCCGAGAUCCAACGGCUGGCGGGCCCAGGCGUGGAGCUACCAGAAGAAGAGUUGGACGCCGCCGUUGGAGAGGUUGCUCGUGCCCCCACUGCCGACCUCCCCAAUGUGGCUGCAUUCCUGGGCGGCCUCGUCGCCCAAGAGACUAUCAAGAUGAUCACGAAGCAAUACGUUCCCGUCAACGGAUAUUGUGUUGCCGAUCUGGUCGACACCUGGACAGGGGUCGUUGCCUAACGCCUCCCUUUGGAAGUGGACUACAAUCACUCCCUGCGCAAUAUUACAAGAAUGUAUCUCAUAGGAAACAGUUCCAAUCAUAUCUCAUGC